UUGACCGAAUGAAUGGAGUCUCGAAACGCAGCAUGAGAGGUAAAAAAAAAAAAAACCCUCACGUCAUACUUGUAAGGCCAUUAUCAACGCCACAAUCAAAGUCAACAAUAAAACUAGACUCGUGCGUUGUUAUUCCAUUUCCAUUGUUCAACAGUUGGGCUUUUCAUGUUACAGCACCAACAUCGGCUGGCUUCUUUCUUAGUCUCACCAACGGAAUUGGUUACGUCAUUCAUAAUCGCCUUCAUUCUUGAUACAGCGAAUGCUUUGAUCACACUUACAAGCGAUAUAGAAAAUACACGGCAGAAUAGACAAAAUGGCUGAGAAUUACGUCCUUCGAAUCACAGCUGGCCCUGAUUACGAUCAAUCACAACAGGUCGAGGUCCCAGUCAACACCGCCAAGCCCGUCACCAUCAAGAGCGAUCGCGCUGACAUUGAGCUCAACGUCCGCGUCAACGACUACAAGGGUCUUCCUCGCAACUCACCGACGACUUCACCAUACUUCUCAACCGAGCCUCACGCCUACAACAGGGAUCAAUACAGCAUCUCAUUCCGCUUCACACCAAAGAAGCCCUCCAGUGAUGAGGGCGAUGGUAUCAAGGCCACGGAUCUUCAGUUCGGCAAUGACUUUGAUCAUCCCAUUCGAGAUCGUCUACCGCCUGGUUUCAACACGGCUAUGAGUAUAGUGCGCUGGUGGAUUGAUCCGGGUCUGGAUGGUGAUGCCUAUGCUGAUAAGCCCUUCUUGUACGGCCCCGCGUUGAGUUCUUUCAACACCAUUCAUGUGGGCAACGGCGAGUUUGAUGAAGAGAAGGGUGGUCUUUGGUUCGAAGAGGGUGGCGAUGAAGAUGGUCUCGAAGCUCGUGAGGAAGUCGGCGCUCCUCUCACCAGCAAGGCGAGAAUGAAGUGGGCUCUCAGAGCCGAUGCCAAAGAGAAGUGGGUGUUUGAGUAUGACCAGACAUACGGCUUCGACUUCUUCAAUCCGUAUCUCAACUUCUCAGACCUUGCGUUGAACCUACCUGGCUUCCAGCUACCUAUCAUGAAGUACUGGGACGGUCAAGGUCUCAGGCCCGGCCCGAAACGCUCACAUCAACUCAGAUAUGUCUUGCGCAACAAAGAAACUGGGGAGCCGUACCUCGUGAUUCUGUUCUCGCUGUAUCACAAGGAUUAUGUAAAUGAGGAUGGGUCGUUGAAGGAGGGGGCACAGGAUUCUUUUAAACAGCCUGAGAAAGCUACUGAGGAGAAUGAGGAGUUUGAUGGGGAUGGGGCGUUGAAGGAAGCGACGGAGCAAUUGGGCCCGAAGAUUGAUGAGAAGGGAAACGAGCAGACGAGUGUCGACGAUCUCGACUAAGAUAUAGAGAUAAGGCUGGCCAGGGUGUAAUAAUAUUAUCUAGAUCUCGGGAUUACAACCUAAAGGAGAAGAAAAGAAACAAGCUUCUUUGACUGAUUCAUUUCGGGCAAUGGAUCGCAUCCUCACUUAUUUUCGGAUCCG